UCUAAAACGCCGAGCCGAGCUGGAGGUGGGUCGCAGUUGCGGGUGGCGCUGGGCCCGGCGAGGAAGAUGGCAGCGCCCGCCGGCUGGGCCUCGCUCUGCGAGAAGUUCCGCAGCUCGCUGAGUCUCUCCAACGUGGAGUCCAAGAAGGACCCGGAGAACGAGCCCUACCGCUCCAAGUACGGCGCCCGGGAGCUGCUGGAGGAGAUCCGGCAGCUGCUGGGCUCGGAGGAGGCGGCCGAGGCCGAGGGCGCCCCCGCGGGGGAGGCGGCGGCGCUGCGGGCCGUGCGGCUGGCGGUGGUGGAGUACGAGCUGGGGGUGAAUCACACCGAGACCGAGGAGCUCUCUGCCGGCGAGGAGCACCUGCUGAAGUGCACCCGGCUGCUGGAGCGCCACCGCCUCUCCCGCGACUGCGUCUCCCUCUACAUCCAGGCCCAGAACAAUUUGGGUAUCCUGUGGUCUGAAAGAGGUGAAAUUAAAACAGCACAGACUUACUUGGAAUCUGCAGAAGCGUUGUAUAAUCAGUACAUGAAAGAGAAUGGGAACCCUCCCCUUGAUUCCAACGAACACUUCAUGGCUGAAGAAGAAAAACUUACCGAUCAAGAGAGAUCAAAAAGAUUUGAAAAGGCCUAUACCCAUACAUUAUAUUAUUUGGCCCAAGUCUACCAACACCUGGAAAUGAUUGAAAAGGCUGCCCAGUAUUGCCAUACCACCCUUAAACGACAGCUUGAGUACAGCGGCUACUAUCCAGUAGAAUGGGCUCUGAAUGCUGCUACCUUGUCACAAUAUUAUCUCACUAAGCAAUGCUUUAUGGAGUCUCGACACUGUCUAGCAGCUGCCAAUGUCAUCUUUAGCCAAGCUGGACAGGUUCCUUCUUCAGAGGACAAUGAAACAGAACAAGACCAACAGGAUCUUCGACAGAGAAAAGCUGAAAUUGCAAGAUGUUGGAUUAAGUACUGCUUGACUCUUUUGCAGAGUGCUCGGAAAUCACUUGAGGAUAACAUCGGAGAGUUGGAUCCAGACAGGCAAUCAGAGCUUAAAGCCCAAAGGAAAAAAGAGGAAGACGAAAAAGAGAAGGGCAGAAAGAAAGCUGUUCUCUUUGGAACUAGUGAUCUGUGUGACUCUAUAUUAGCCACAGAAGAGAAAGUGAGCUGUGUAUGUCCUUUAGAUUUUCAGGAAGCCAGAGAAGUCUUCCUAGUGGGUCAGAAUUAUGUUCACGAAGCAAAAGAGUUCUUUCAGUUUGAUGGCUAUGUUACUGACCAUAUUGAAAUUGUUCAGGACCACAGUGCCUUGUUUAAGGUGCUUGCUUUCUUUGAAGAAGAUUAUGAGAGACGCUGCAAGAUGCACAAGCGUAGAAUAGAUAUGCUGGAGCCCAUGUACGUGGAUUUGAAUCCACAGUAUUACCUGCUGAUCAGUAGGCAGCUUCAGUUUGAAUUAGCGGACACCUAUUAUGAGAUGAUGGAUUUAAAGGUAGCUAUUGGUAACAGGCUAGAGGAACUUGACUCACAUACCAUAAAAAAAAUUAAUUCUCUGGCUCAGUUAGCAGUCAAGUACUAUGAACUCUUCUUAGAUUCUUUGAGGAAUCCAGAUAAGAUAUUUCCUGAAAAACUCGAGGAUGAUGUUCUUCGCCCUGCAAUGGUGGCCAAAUUUCACAUUGCACGAUUAUAUGGCAAGCUUAUUACUUCUGAUGGCAAGAAACAGUUGGAGAAUAUGCAGACCUCAUUGGAAUAUUACACAUUUCUAGUAGACUAUUGUGAGAAGCAUCCAGAAGCUGUCCAGGCCAUAGAAACGGAACUAGAACUCAGUAAAGAAAUGGUCGGUCUGCUUCCAACAAGAAUGGAGAGGCUAAAAGCCAAACUGUCUCCGUUCAGUUAAACCCUUGUCUUCAAUGAAUGGAAAUGUGCAAUAUUAAAAUGAUCUGUCAAACAUACUUUGGGACAGUUUCCAUACCUCGUUGUUGCCCUUAGCCUUCAGAUGUCUGCAGCUAUAAGAUCCAGUUAUGGUAGGCACCAUAGAACCUUUUUAAAAUUGAGAACUGUCUAGUUUAGUUCCUCACCCAUGCUAAUGGUAUAAACUCUAAAUGUAAAGUGAAUGUCCAUUUGAUGACUUGUAUUGCAUGCUCUUUGUGUAAAUACAAAACCUUCCUGCCUUACUUCUUCCUCCAAUAGAUCAUUCAAUUUCUAAAUGUAGUGUUGUACUUAAGAUGUUUCUUUUAAGGGAACCUUUUGGGUAGCUUGACGGUCCUAGAAACCUUUUCUAGGAAUCAGACUUUAGGCAUGCAGUCUGUCUACUACAUGGGAUUUUAGUCUUUCUAACCCAUGCUCCCAAGAGUAUCCAUAUAGAAAGGAGCCUUAUCAUAAUUGUGUCCUGUAUUUAUUUUGUGUGUUGCGAAGUGACUUUUGUUGCAAUUAAACAGACCUAUUAGAGGCUCAAUAAAUGGACUUGCUUUACUAAA